AUGCCGCAGGCUGCACGAUGGGCGGGUACUCCCUCCAUCAAGGGUCGCUCUGAGUCCACUCGGAUGGCCCUGUUGACGUUCAGUUUGGUGGGCUUGCAAUUCACUUGGGGCGUUGAGAUGACAUAUUUCACCCCGUACCUUCUACAACUCGGUUUAACCAAGUCCAAGACAUCGUUGGUGUGGAUCGCCGGCCCGUUGUCGGGAUUGAUCAUCCAGCCUCUGAUUGGAGUUAUUGCGGAUCGCUCCCGGUCGAAAUGGGGCCGUCGGAGACCCUUUAUGGUCGGCGGUUCCUUUCUCGUGGCAUUAUGUCUGUUUGUCUUGGGAUGGACGGCGGAGAUUGUUGCCGUCUUCGUGAAAGAACCGGAAAAGGCUAAAAAUGUCAUGGUUGCCGUAGCCAUCUUGAGUAUAUAUGCUGUUGAUUUCUCCAUUAAUAUUGUACAAGCAUGUUGUCGCAGUUUGGUUGUAGAUACGCUAUCGAUUCCAUCGCAGCAAGCUGGAUCCGCAUGGGCGGGCAGAAUGUGCGCCAUCGGUCAGCUUUUGAGCUAUGUGGUCGGCUCUAUUGAUACCGUGAGCAUCUUUGGGAGUAUUAUUGGCGACACUCAGUUUAAGCAAAUGACGGUCAUCGCGGGCUUGUUCUUGAUUGGCGCUGUGUCGGUCACAUCGUACUCUGUGAAAGAGCGAGUGCUGCUCUCAGCGAGGGAUUCUGAUGGCAAAGCGGGUGCGGUCCAAGUGCUCUCCACACUGUUCAAGACGACUAUGGAGCUCCCGCCUCGCAUCCAAGCUAUUUGCUGGGCUCAGUUCUGGGCUUGGAUUGGCUGGUUCCCUUUUCUGUUCUACAGCACCACUUGGGUGGGCGAGACCUACUUCCGCUAUGAAGUACCCAAAGAGCGGAUUACGAAGACGACCGAUAUGCUGGGUGAGGUGGGCCGCAUUGGUAGUUUGUCGCUGGUGGUGUUCUCCUUCAUCACAUUUCUGAGUUCCGUGCUCAUCCCGUUCUGUGUGCAACAACGGGAUACCAAGCGGGCGCGAUUCCCUCCGCGACCUCCUCGAAAAGUGGCCGCCGUCCUCAAGGCGAUCGGCGCAGUGCGGCCAGACUUGCAGACUGCAUGGCUCUUGUCCCAUCUCAUGUUCGCUAUUAUGAUGAUCUUCGCGCCACUGGCGCAUUCCCGGGCUUUCGCAACGUUCUUAGUCGCCGUGUGCGGUAUACCGUGGGCGAUCAGUAGCUGGGCGCCCUACGCGUUCAUGGGGGUGGAGAUCAACAAGCUGACGAUGAACGGCGCCGCGCCUAUGGGCCCGCCGCCUUCGCACUCGGGUGCGGUGACUAUGAUCACGUCGGCCAGUCUGCGCGCCAACGCGGCCGACUCCGAGCUGGAUGUGCUACGGCUCAACCACCACGAUACGGACAGUGAUACAGACAACGACGACGAGGAAGACCCGUCGUCGAACAUCCCAUCAACCGGCGAGCUGGCGGGUAUUUAUCUCGGGGUGCUGAAUGUCUACACGACACUGCCGCAGUUCGUCGGCACGCUCAUCAGCUGGCUCGUCUUCAGUGUACUCGAGCCGGGCGCCCAGUCCAAGAAUGACUCGGACCCGUCGGACAUGCAGUGGAUGAACCUUGACAAAAACAAGCCCAACGCCAUUGCCAUCUGCCUCUUGAUCGGGGCGCUCAGCGCGAUCGUGGCGGCCGAGGCGACUCGCCGGUUCCGCUCGGUGUGUUGA